CACCAAUGCGUUCGCCUGCGGCCAGGAGGCACCUAGCAGUACCCAUGGUAGCUGUAAUCGUGUGGCAGGCAAUUCUCUCCGCUUGGCUGUCUCAUGUUAUCCAGAGGUUGGAUUCAGGAAUACGUUUACACCGACGACGUCACAAAAUCAAUGACUCAUUGCAUGUUGCAAUUCAUAUAAUACUCGGUUGCAACAUCGGAGCGACGGUCUCGGGUGCUACCAUCUCCCGCAACAAUCGAGGAGCGGCCUUCCUUUCCAGAAGAUCCUUAUCCUUCGGAAAACAAGUUCUUCUUACCUCCUGUGUGCGGAACUUCGAAAGCAGGAUAUGAAUUUCCCUAAAGUAACCAGAGAAGUUCGCAAUCGCAGGCGCUCGUGCCUGUAAAGCAAGGCAAAGCACCUCACGACUACAUUCUUGGUUAAGACGCUCAGGGCAACAGUCUUCCCGGUCUCCCCGGAUUCACGCCUUCAGGGACAGCCACCGAGCGCUUUUUUAUUCCCCCUCUACGUCCCAUAUCUUAAUUUAUCUACAUUAAUAUUGUGGAGCGCAACACCUGGAAUAGGAAUUCCAUGCGGAGCCCCGUCAUUUG